UUUGAGGCCAUAAAUCUAGGUUGAAAUUCCCACUAAAACGUGUCCGAUAUAUUAUUCCUCUUUCUUCAUUCAAUUCAAUUCAACUCAACUGAAUUCAAUUAUCGCAUUUUCCACACUUUUUCUUUCUCUCUUUUAUGGCACUUCAACCUUCCAAGGUUUACGUUUCUCAUAGUCCUUUUAUUCAAUACCACAGUUCCAAUUCCAUUUCAAUUUCCAAUUUUAAACAUUUAUAUAUCAAUUAAUUCAUGCUUUUGGAUUCAACAAAUACCAUCAUUGAUGUUGUUCAACAUUAAUAUUCAUAUUCAUUGUCAUGACCAUUUGUUUGGGCAUUUCACACUAAAUGAUUCUUCAACAAGCUUCUCCCACUUUUCACUUUCACUUCUCUCUCUGUCCCUGCAACAACAACAACAACAAUGAUGGUAUUUCUUCCAAUACUCUCCUUUCCUUUCCCCUUUCCAAAACCAUGAAGAAAAAACGCUUCAUUUCAAAUUAUUAUUACUCCAAUCGCAAAUUCCGUAGAAGAAAAUGGAGUAUUCACUCCUGUUCAAUUCCCAAACAAGCUUCGAAUUGGAAGAACCCUCAAUUCGCCAAUACAACAACAAGGGGUGCUAAAAGUUUCGUUCUUGAUAGAAUUUCAAAUGAUGAUAAUGAACUUGAAGCUGCUAACAAUGAGAUGCAAGAGUCAUCACAGGUUCAAUUGGGUUCAAAUUUCACUACUUUUCAAGAAGAUCCAAUUGUGGAUAAGCUCAGAACUCAAUUGGGUGUUAUUCACCCGAUUCCGUCGCCUCCGAUUAACCGAAACGUAGUUGGUUUGUUUGUGUUUUUUUUCUUUGUUGGUGUUGUUUUUGAUAAAUUAUGGACUUUUAGGAGAAGGAAGAACAAAGUUAGUAGUAGUGAAGAUAGUUUGCGUGGUGUGUGGCCACAGGUUCCUACUAGUUUUUCUUUGUUUUUGGAAAAGGAUUUGCAGAGGAAAGAAUCGGUUGAAUGGGUGAACAUGGUUUUGGGGAAGUUGUGGAAGGUUUAUAGAGGUGGACUUGAGAAUUGGAUUAUUGGGUUACUUCAGCCUGUUAUUGAUGAUCUACAGAAGCCUGAUUAUGUUGAAAGGGUUGAGAUUAAGCAAUUCUCAUUAGGGGAUGAGCCUUUGUCUGUUAGAAAUGUUGAACGCAGGACUUCUCGCCGUGUUAAUGAUUUGCAGUACCAGAUAGGCCUUAGGUACACUGGAGGUGCUCGCAUGUUGUUAAUGCUUUCUCUGAAAUUUGGCAUUUUUCCAAUAGUUGUACCAGUUGGUGUUCGGGAUUUUGACAUUGAUGGUGAACUUUGGGUAAAGUUGCGACUAAUACCAACAGAACCUUGGGUGGGAGCUGCUUCGUGGGCUUUUGUUUCACUUCCAAAGAUCAAGUUUGAGCUUUCACCAUUUCGUUUGUUCAAUUUAAUGGCAAUUCCAGUUCUCUCAAUGUUUUUGACCAAACUUCUUACAGUAGAUUUACCUAAACUAUUUGUACGGCCAAAUAAAAUUGUUUUGGAUAUCCAAAAGGGAAAAGCUGUUGGUCCCGUUGCUGAUGGUGUUAAAUCGGGAGAAAUGCAAGGAAACAUGGAUUCUGUUGGUGAACUAUCAGUCACUCUUGUGGAUGCUCGAAAGCUUCCUUAUAUUUUUGGUAAGACAGAUCCUUAUGUUAUACUUAGCCUUGGAGAUCAAACCAUACGCAGCAAAAAGAACAGUCAGACUACUGUUAUUGGGCCCCCUGGAAUGCCAAUUUGGAAUCAGGAUUUCCAUAUGCUUGUUUCCAACCCUAAAAAGCAGAAGUUAAGUAUCCAAGUAAAAGACGCACUGGGAUUUGCAGAUUUGACUAUUGGUACAGGAGAGGUUGAUUUGGGAUCUCUUCAAGAUACCGUACCAACAGACAGAAUUGUGGUUUUACAAGGGGGUUUGGGGUUUUUACGGAAGGGAUCAUCUGGGGAGAUAUUGCUUAGGCUAACUUAUAAAGCAUAUGUGGAGGAUGAGGAAGAUGACAUGACCGAGGAGGAUUCCAUUGAUAUAGAUGUUUCGGAUGAUGAGUUAUCGGAUACAGAAGAAGCAAAUAACCCCGAUAAGAAGGGUCUAAGAGAUUCUGCGUACCAAACAGAUAAAGAAUCAUUUAUGGAUGUUUUGGCUGCAUUAAUUGUUAGCGAAGAAUUUCAAGGUAUAGUAGCAUCUGAAGCAGGGUUUACCAAAGGUUUGGAUAAUGGCUCAAAUAUAGGGCCUAAAGUAUCAAAAUCUCCUGUUGCCAAUGCGGAAUCAACUCCUAGUUCUGAUAAUUCUCAAGGUUCUGGAGGAUCAACCUUAAUUUGGCUUGCUGUGAUUACUAGCAUAGCGGUACUAAUUGCUGUCAAUAUCAGUGGUUCAAGUAUCUUCAAUCCUUAAGAUGGUGUUCUGCUGCGUGCAAUCUUCAUCUUGGUUCAGCUAAAGUUGUGCAGCUGAUUUUAAUCAGAUUAUUUUUCAUUUAGCUACUGGUAUAGUAUAGUAUUUGUAUAUUGGUGAGAACUGCUGUGGAGGAAAGCAUCUUUUGGCGGCGCACUAUUCUUGGCUUCAUUUUGUGAGAGCCACAAAUUUUAGUUCAGCUUAAAUCUGUAUUAAUUGUUAAUAUAUAUAAAUAUACAAAUACAAGGAUAUUGUUUUCUACCAGGCAAUUAUAAAAUAGAAUAACAGGUCUUUUCACCAUUUCA